AGGGAAAGCAGGCAUGGGCAGCGAUGUGAGGAAACAGUCCAGUUAACUUGAGCAAGGAACUCUGCUGCUCUGGUUGCUGCACGGGAAGGGAAUCUAUUUAGUUAGCACAAACAUGGCUGCUGCCGCUGCUGCCUUCAGAGCCGCAAAUCGAGCCUUGCUCUCAUUUGCAAAGGGCAAGUGCUGCAGUCAAGGGAGAGUCCAGCUGCAUGCCAGAUGGCAGUCAACAGCAGCGGCUGUGCAGGCCGCCAAAGCAAAGCCUCAGGUCCAACCUGAAAAAAGGAAACCUAAAACAGGGAUCUUGAUGUUAAACAUGGGAGGUCCAGAGACGCUUGGAGAUGUCCAUGAUUUCCUGCUUAGACUUUUCCUUGAUAAAGACCUAAUGACACUUCCGGUUCAAAACAAACUGGCACCCUUCAUUGCAAAGCGGCGCACUCCGAAAAUCCAGAAACAGUACAGUCGGAUUGGUGGAGGAUCCCCUAUUAAGAAAUGGACUGCUACUCAGGGAGAAGGCAUGGUGAAAUUGCUGGAUGAAAUGUCUCCUCACUCUGCUCCUCACAAGUAUUACAUUGGUUUCCGCUACGUCCAUCCCCUGACAGAGGAAGCGAUUGAAGAGAUGGAGGAAGAUGGUGUCGAAAGGGCUAUCGCGUUCACCCAGUAUCCACAGUACAGCUGUUCCACCACAGGGAGUAGUUUAAAUGCUAUUUAUCGCUACUAUAAUGCGAAAGGGGAGAAGCCAAAGAUGAAGUGGAGCACUAUUGAUAGGUGGCCAACGCAUCCCCUUCUCAUUCAGUGCUUUGCAGACCACAUACAGAAGGAACUGGGCCUGUUUCCACCCGAUAAGAGAAAAGAUGUUGUUAUCCUUUUCUCUGCCCAUUCUCUGCCCAUGUCUGUGGUCAAUCGUGGCGACCCAUAUCCGCAAGAGGUAGGAGCUACUGUUCAGAGGGUAAUGGAGAAGCUCAAUUAUUCCAACCCAUAUCGGCUUGUAUGGCAAUCCAAGGUUGGCCCUAUGGCCUGGUUGGGUCCACAGACAGAUGAGACUAUCAAAGGGCUUUGCCAAAGGGGAAAGAAGAACAUCUUGUUGGUUCCAAUCGCAUUUACCAGUGACCACAUCGAAACACUCUAUGAAUUGGACAUUGAAUAUGCGCAGGUCUUGGCCAAUGAGUGUGGAGUUGAAAACAUCAGAAGAGCAGAAUCCCUGAAUGGGAACCCACUGUUUGCCAAGGCUUUGGCAGACCUGGUCUACUCGCAUCUCCAGUCAAAUGAAAUAUGCUCCAAGCAGUUAACCCUCAGUUGUCCACUGUGUGUGAAUCCCACCUGCCGAAAGACAAAGUCAUUCUUUACUGGUGAAGAGUUGUGAGUGCGCCAUUGCAGAGGGAGAACCCCGGCAAGUUUGCUGGGGUGAUUUUGCAGAUUCUGCAAAGCCGGACCGUUUACUCGGCUUUCCCUUGCAGGCCGGCUUAAUCUAUGCUUUGCCUCCUGUGUGAAGCGAGUCCUGGGUGGGGUUUGCACUAGGAUUAAGGAGGAAUGAAUUUCGAAUGCUUUUUCUUUGUCUGUUGAGGGAACUUGCUUUGGAAGGGAUGCAACAUUUGAAGGGCUUCAUUCUUUGGGUUGUUGAGAAUGCUUGUCUUCCUAUAAUCUGAUAGGCAGCCAGGGACUCUUGGCACUCCAGAGCAUCAAGCCAGCGAUCAGCUGCUUUAUGAGCAGCACAUGCCAGAGGACAUUCUGUCCAUUACACUGAUUCCACAGUGCUGUUGUGUAAGGGACUGGUGGAAACGUGCAAGAAUUGGGUCUUCAGAGUGGCUGGAUACAGUUCUAGAGGGACUACUCCAAAGAUUUUGGUCAGAGGGUUGCAAUACAGAUGUUCUUGCAGAAUGCUCUUCAUAUACACUUGUCUUUACAGCAUUAUGCGAGUCCUUCCAAGUAAGUUACUAAUAUUUCUUUGGGUUUAAAAAAACAAACUAAGCUCUGUAGCUAACAUGCUUGCCAGCCUGUUGCUGUGACUGAUUUGUUUCUGAAUGGGUUUUGAAGAUCAACUGACACAUCUAAUAUAUUUUUUAAAAAUAGCAUGUAUAUAUUUUUUUAAAAUUCUGGAUUUCUUUCAUGUGGGUUUCUGCGCCCCAUUACCAAAUGCAGAAUUGAUUCUGCAGUAGCAUAGCAGGUCACAACUCCUUGGACAACGGAGUUACCCAGACAACGUUUACACAGUGUCAUUUGUUUUCUUUCUGGGGAGUUCAGUCUUGUGUGAUUUCCAUGUUCGUAUGAAGGUAAAGAGUUGUGGGGGGUUUUUUGUCCUGGGAAAGCAUAAUGUGAAAAAUGAUCCCGACUUCUAGUUUGGGGCACCAUUGUUGUGAGAGGACAAUUGCCAGGUCAGCUAGCAGAGGGCCGAGGUACCUCAACAACUUCUGGGUGAGAGUGAUCGAAAUACUUCAGGUGUACAAAAUGCUUGCACCUAGUAGUAUCAGCGGAGACUGGCUGCAGUUGACAACACCUUCUGUGAGCAAGUUGCAUGGGUGAUCUUCUCAUCUGAAACCCUGACGUGUGAAUAUGUUGCAGUACCGAAGAAUUACUCAGCGAGGGUUCAUAGGCACUGGCAACUGCCCACCAUCCAUAAACAGAUGGAGCUUAGGCACACAUUAACAGCAGCAUGUAGAAUGUGGUCCAUUGCUCAGUCAAUAGGGAUAAUGAGAAAAUAGAGACAAGUCGCUUAUAUUGCCCAUUGAAUGCCUAUAGUCUCCAUGUAAAUUGUGUGUUGCCUGGGGAUGAGAGCAGCCCCAAGAACAGAGUAAUGCAAAGCUGCGCAGAACCUAGUCAAGGUGGCCCAUUUGUGUCCCUUCCUCGUAUCACAUGAAGACGAAGCGUGUGCUCCGGGCUUUUGUGAGGAAUUCCGUAUUGACAGCCUGCAUGCCUUCUCCGUGAUGCUGCUUAUGACCAUCAGCGUUUACACGUAUACACAGUUCAGCAUGCACUAGUCACAAAGAUUUUGUGCAUGCACAUCCUUGCUAUGGGUGUUUCAUCCUUGCAACUGGAACUGUGCAGAGAUGUGGGCUAUAAUGCUUUCUGGCUCACUGCAUCUCAUUUACAACUGUAAAUGGGUAUCAUAUACAGGCAAGCUGUCAAAUUUGCAGGGAAGCUGUCAAAUUGGGUAAAUGCUGGCAUUUUAUAGGUAACUCUUACAAGGGAAAUUGUUUGCUAUGAGGGCUUUUUGAUAUUUUACACCAGAGCCUGGCAAAUGGCCUGUGCAGUAAAUGAUGGAAAUCCCAUUUGGACACUUACUUGAUAACUAUGUUGAGAAUUUCCUGUAAAUGCCAACAUUUUCUGCAAUUCUUUCAGGGCCUCUCCUCUCAAGGUACUAAGAAAUUCAAGCAUUUAUAAAUGUGUAUCAAAUGCUGAUGCUUUCUGUAAUAUGCACAGUUUCUUCGUUAAUGGGAAUGGUUCCAGGAACAAAGAAUUGUCCAAGCGGAGGUUGUCAUUUCUGUCCAAGAUCGGUGCUUCUGUGUGUGGACCCUCCUCUAGGUCACCAGCAUUCUGUCCUUCACGGAGGGCUUCCUUCUCUUUGAACAAGUGAGAAUAUGAGGCUGUUCUUCAGAGCUGCUUUAUAGAUCUGCUUAUCGUUUUCCAGCUGUCAAGCCACUGUGGUUUUUGCGGGAUUUCUAUGGAUGCAAAUUGAUCUGGAUUUAAUUCAUGUUGUCAAUUAAACCCCAAAUGAUCUAUUAGAAUGUUUUUUUUAACUUAUGGGGAACACACAAGACAGUGGGCAGCAAGCUUGUACAUCUUGUUGUUGGCAAGCAGAGGAUUAUAAAUUUUGUUAACUCAGACGAAUAAAAUGUUGGACUCUG